AAUGAAUUAAUUCCCUCAUUCUUAUUCACCGAUCCUCAAAUAAAAGCAUAGAUCGAUUGUUCAACAACUCAGAUUGAAAUCAGUUACUGUGGAUGCCAGAAGAACGUUUGUGCUCUCCCAACCUCAUUCAAGAAAAUAAAUUCUCUCUCCUCUCACUAAGAAGAAAUCUGAACAAUUAAAUUUCUGUAUCAACGGGAAAGGUUAAAUAGAGUCCUCUUAACCGUAGAAGAUACUGAGAAGGAGAAACAACAAUUCUGAAUAUUAGGCUGCUAUAACUUGCUAUGCUGCUAAUCCAUUUACUUAUAGGAAUAAGAUAAAUGAAGCAGGAGUUGAGUCUAUGUUUUGUAUAAGAAAAUACGAGCUCUUGAGGAAAUAGAUAAAGUGA